CACGUCGUGGAGCGCCUGAAGGAUAUGAUCAAGUGCCUGGACCAACAGCUCGCACCGGCAGAGCUCGAGUCUCUGCUUUCGCAGCACCCCCUGGUGGCAGAAGCCGCUGUGGUAGGCAUCGACCACCCUGACCUAGGAGAAGCACCGACUGCAUUCGUGGUUGCCCAAGGACACGUCGAAGCCGAAGAGCUGAAGCGGCUAGUGGCAGAGCAAGCGGCGCAGCACAAACACCUGCACGGCGGGGUCGUCUUCGUGGACCACAUUCCCAAGACGGACACGGGAAAGAUCAUGAGAAGACAACUGCGCUCCAAAUAUCUCGACCGAUUCUCGAGACCACUUGAGGAACUCGCAAAAGCAUAAAAUUCCGCUAUUACACGUAUGUAGCAACGGUAUGAUAUUAAUGGGACAGUGCUAGAAGUUCACUAUAUAACCACGCUGCUUCGGGUAAUACAAGUGCAAAAGUACAGCUGGGUACCCGGAACAGCAUCUACACUUACGGCACUUUUUUUCAGCUCAUUCGGCAUGCGAAGCUUUAUUUAGCCUUCCAUGUCAGAGCCGCUUUACUUUUUUAUUGUCGCUUCAGAUUUUGCUGAUCGUUUCAUUAAACAUGCGCUUCUGAAGCUAUGCUUUUCAAAAAGCUUCGCUUAUCCAGUUAUUAUCCAUGAAUCUGUACUAUAAAAGGUGGAAUGAUUGUAUUUUCAGUGUAAUCUGAAAUCUUAUUGAAUAAGCUAUGUCCUGCUGGAAAGUGAAGUACUCUGAGCGAAAUAAAGUGGCCGAAAUGGCCCUGUUU